AUGGUGUCUUGGAGCAAUAGUAGAACAGCUGCUCUGGCAUUUUCAAUUGCAUUAUCAUUCCAAGCGUCUCUGAUACAUGGAUUAGCUCCUACAGCACGACAAAAUCAAAACUUUCGCCUGUUCAGUACACCAAACGACACACCAUCUGAAACAAAAACCACGACAACCACAGCUGACGGACCCAAAAAGCAAAAAGCAGUAGUCAUUGGUGCCGGAUGGGGUGGACUCAGCGCCGCCUAUGCUCUUUCAGCUGAUCCCAACUAUGAGGUCACCGUGGUAGAUGCUGCUCCUCGUGUUGGUGGAUUGGUACGAGAUGGAUUCCGAUCCAUGACAGGAGAACGAAAAGCAGAAGCUGGGCAACACGGAUUUUGGGAUCAAUACUUCAAUAUUUUCAAGCUACUGAAAGAAGACUUGGGAAUUUUUGAUACCGCUCUGACAGAUUAUGCAGAACAAGGGCAAUAUUCACCUGAUGGUCUGGAGGCUGUCUGGGCCGUCUACCGAGAUCAGACACAGCUUCCAACUGGUUUGGCACAAGCCUUCUACACCAAGUUUAUGAAUCUACCAAUCAUUGAUAGAUUGACGGCCUUCCCUCUGGUUUUAGCGUUUUCAGAGUUUGACGAUUCUCCAGAAUCCUGGGAAAAGUUUGACAAGGCAUCCUUUCGAGAUUUGUGUGUCAAAUUAGGGGUGUCCAACCGUUGUUACGAAGAAGCUUUUGAGCCAAUGAUUCUGACGGGUCUAUUUGCUCCGGGUGCCGAAUGCUCUGCGGCGGCUGCUCUGGGCAUGGCAUAUUUUUUUGUUUUGAGCAAGCAAAAGGCCUUUGAUGUGAGAUGGUGCAAGGGAAAUAUUGGGGAACAGAUAUUUGACCCAUGGGUCGAAAGAAUGAAGUCGCAGAAAAAUCCAGUCAUCUUUCAGUCUUCCACCCGUGUCACUGGAUUCAAUCUUUCAAAAGAAGGAUCCUCUAUAUCUAGCAUCAAGUGCGCAGUUGAUGGUGACAAGGAGAUUUCUUUGGAAGCGGACCAUGUCAUCUUUGCAGUUGGAGCUGCUGCCUUGAAUGCAAUUGUCCGAAACAGCCCAGAAUUAUCGCGCUUUGCAGAGUACCGACGCUUUGCCAACUUGCGAGGAACCAGUGUGCUUGCUACCAGAAUCUUCUUGGACAGAGAAAUAAAGACGCCUUAUAGUGCCAAUGCUUGUUGGGGUUUUGACCAAGGCGUUGGAAUGACCUAUUUCAACGUCAAGGACUUGCAUGGAGAGAACUUCUCGGAUGAAUCCCCUGGCUCGGUCUUGGAAGUGGACUACUACCAUGCAGAUACAUUGCUAGUGAUGAGUGAUGACGACAUUGCCAAAAAGGUCAAACAAGAUCUCAACACCAUUCUUGGUGUCGAAUGCGCAGCAGCUAAGGUCGUGGACGCCGCCAUUGUCAAACUACCGAAUGCUGUCAACUGGUACUUUCCGGGAUCCUACAAGGAUAUGCCAGAUGUUCAAUCAAAAGCGCUAUCUAAUGUUUAUUUUGCCGGAGAUCUAGUGCGCACACGCCAUGGGUCCUGGUCUCAAGAAAAGGCCUACGUCACUGGAAUCGAAGCCAGCAAUUGUAUCCGAAGAAGGAGUUUGACGGAAGGAGUGAUACCUUUGCCAAAAGAUGAACCUCAUGUUGCAUUGGGAAGGACAGCGGUUUCGCAAUUCCGGACUCUUUUGGGAGCUGGUGAAAAAAAACGAGCUCCAUCCCUUGUAGACUUUUUAGGGUAG